GAGGACGCGCGCCCCUUUGCGAGCUGGGACCCUCUUCAACUUGAGCGCAGCGGCCGGGGGCCCCCCUCGGCACGCGCCCCUCGCCCUGGCGGUGGGGGAGGGGCCGCCCAGCCCUCGCCCGAGGGAGGGAGGGGGCGGGCGGGGGCGGGGGGCGCGUGUGUCUCUAAUAAGAAAAGACAAAGGCGUACCGGCGGCCGCGGCUGUUCCCGCAGCUCCGCUCCGCCCGAGGCGGGCGAGGGGUGUCGUUCCCGGGACCCGGUCACCGCCUGUCCCCCGCAGGUGCUGGCCGCCGCCACCAUGACCGAGGGCGCGCUGGCGGCCGGCGAGGUCCGAGUGCCCCUGGGCGCGCCGGCCCCGGGUCCUGCAGCGGCGGGGGCAUCCCCGGCGAGCCCUGGGGCGCCGGGGCGCGAGGCGGAGCGGGGAUCCGGGCCCGGCGCGUCGCCCCCCGAGAGCCCGGCGGCCGAGCGCGGCGCGGAGCUGGGCGCCGACGAGGAGCAGCCCGUCCCGUACCCGGCACUGGCGGCCACCGUCUUCUUUUGCCUCGGGCAGACCACGCGGCCGCGCAGCUGGUGUCUCCGGUUGGUCUGUAACCCGUGGUUCGAGCACGUCAGCAUGCUGGUCAUCAUGCUCAACUGCGUGACCCUGGGCAUGUUCCGGCCCUGCGAGGACGUCGAGUGCCGCUCGGAGCGUUGCAGCAUCCUGGAGGCCUUCGAUGACUUCAUCUUCGCCUUCUUCGCGGUGGAGAUGGUCAUCAAGAUGAUCGCCCUGGGUCUCUUCGGACAGAAGUGUUACCUGGGCGACACCUGGAACCGGCUGGACUUCUUCAUUGUCAUGGCGGGCAUGAUGGAGUACUCUCUGGAUGGACACAAUGUGAGCCUCUCGGCCAUCCGGACGGUGCGUGUGCUGCGGCCCCUCCGUGCCAUCAACCGCGUGCCCAGCAUGCGGAUCCUGGUCACGCUGCUGCUGGACACGUUGCCCAUGCUCGGGAACGUCCUGCUGCUCUGCUUCUUCGUCUUCUUUAUCUUCGGUAUCGUGGGCGUCCAGCUCUGGGCGGGCCUGCUGCGCAACCGCUGCUUCCUGGACAGCACCUUUGCCAGGAACAACAACCUCACCUUCCUGCGGCCGUACUACCAGACGGAGGAGGGCGAGGAGAACCCCUUCAUCUGCUCCUCGCGCCGGGACAACGGCAUGCAGAAGUGCUCGCACAUCCCCAGCCGCCGAGAGCUGCGCGUGGAGUGCACGCUGGGCUGGGAGGCAUACGGGCAGCCCCAGGCUGAGGGCGCGGGCAGCGCCGGCCGCAACGCCUGCAUCAACUGGAACCAGUACUACAACGUCUGCCGCUCCGGGGACUCCAACCCCCACAACGGCGCCAUCAAUUUCGACAACAUCGGCUAUGCUUGGAUUGCCAUCUUCCAGGUGAUCACGCUGGAGGGCUGGGUGGACAUCAUGUACUACGUCAUGGACGCACACUCCUUCUACAACUUCAUCUACUUCAUCUUGCUCAUCAUCGUGGGCUCCUUCUUCAUGAUCAACCUGUGUCUGGUGGUGAUCGCCACGCAGUUCUCAGAGACGAAGCAGCGGGAGAACCAGCUGAUGCGGGAGCAGCGUGCCCGCUAUCUGUCCAACGACAGCACGCUGGCCAGCUUCUCGGAGCCGGGCAGCUGCUACGAGGAGCUGCUCAAGUACGUGGGCCACAUCUACCGCAAGGUCAAGCGGCGCAGCCUGCGCCUCUACGCCCGCUGGCAGAGCCGCUGGCACAAGAAGGUGGACCCCAGCAGCGCCCUGCACGGCCAGGGUCCCGGGCGCCGGCCCCGGCGGGCAGGCCGGCGCGCAGCCUCCAUCCACCACCUGGUCUACCACCAUCACCACCACCACCACCACCACUACCACUUCAGCCACGGCAGCCCGCGCCGGCCCGGCCACGAGCCAGCCACCGGAGACACCAGGCUGGUGCGGGCCGGAGCGCUGCCCUCGCCGCCCUCGCCAGGCCGAGGGCCUCCUGACACUGAGUCCGUGCACAGCGUGUACCAUGCAGACUGCCACGUGGAGGGGCCACAGGAGAGAGCCCGGGCGGUGCAUGCUGCGGCCACCGCUGCCGGCCUCAAGCUGGCCACAGGCCUGGGCGCCAUGAACUACCCCACCAUCCUGCCGUCACCGGCGGGCGGCAAAGGCAGAGCCAGCCCCGGGCCCAAGGGGAAGCGGGCCAGCGGACCACCAGGCGCGGGAAACCACAGCCCCCUGAGCUUGAGCAGCUCUGACCCCUAUGAGAAGAUCCAGCAUUUGGUUGGGGAACACGGCCUGGGCCGGUCCCCCAGCCGCCUGUCGGGCCUGAGCGUGCCCUGCCCCCUGCCCAGCCCCCAGGCGGGCACGCUGACCUGCGAGCUGAAGAACUGCCCGUACUGCGCCAGCGCCCUGGAGGACCCCGAGGUGGAGCUCAGCGACUCGGAAGGCGGAGACUCAGACAGCAACGCCGUCUAUGAGUUCACACAGGACGUGCAGCACGGGGACCGCCGUGACCCCAUGCAGCCACCCCCAGCAGCAGAUGCGCCCGGCCAGGGUGGCCCCCGGCGGCGGGCGCAGCGGCGGGCAGCCCCUGGCGAGCAGGGCGGGCUGGGCCGGGUCUGGGCCGCCUUCAGCGGCAAGCUGCGCCGGAUCGUAGACAGCAAGUACUUCAACCGCGGCAUCAUGGUGGCCAUCCUCACCAACACGCUGAGCAUGGGCGUCGAGUACCACGAGCAGCCCGACGAGCUGACCAACGCCCUGGAGAUCAGCAACAUCGUAUUCACCAGCAUGUUCGCCCUCGAGAUGCUGCUGAAGCUGCUGGCCUGCGGCCCGCUGGGUUACAUCCGGAACCCCUACAACAUCUUCGACGGCAUCAUCGUCAUCAUCAGCGUCUGGGAGAUCAUCGGGCAGGCGGACGGGGGCCUGUCGGUGCUGCGGACCUUCCGGCUGCUGCGGGUGCUGAAGCUGGUGCGCUUCAUGCCCGCGCUGCGGCGUCAGCUGGUGGUGCUCAUGAAGACCAUGGACAACGUGGCCACGUUCUGCAUGCUGCUCAUGCUCUUCAUCUUCAUCUUCAGCAUCCUGGGCAUGCACCUCUUUGGAUGCAAGUUCAGCCUAAAGACAGACACUGGAGACACGGUCCCCGACAGGAAGAACUUUGACUCCCUGCUGUGGGCCAUUGUCACCGUGUUCCAGAUCCUCACCCAGGAGGACUGGAACGUCGUUCUCUACAACGGCAUGGCCUCCACCUCCUCCUGGGCAGCACUCUACUUUGUGGCCUUGAUGACUUUUGGCAACUACGUGCUCUUCAACCUGCUGGUGGCCAUCCUGGUGGAGGGCUUCCAGGCUGAGGGUGACGCCAACAGAUCUGACACAGAUGAAGAGAAGACUUCUGCUCGCUUGGAGGAGGAUUUCGACAAGUUCAGAGACCUGCGGGCCACGGAGAUGAAGAUGUACUCGCUGGCGGUGACCCCAAAUGGGCACCUGGAGGGCCGAGGCAGCCUGCCCCCUCCCCUCAUCAUGCGCACGGCGGCCACGCCCAUGCCCACCCCCAAGAGCUCCCCACACCUGGACGUGGCCCACGGUCUUCUGGACUCACGGCGUGGCAGCAGCUGCUCCAUGGACCCUCAGCUGGGGGACCAGAAGUCUCUGUCCAGCCUCCGCAGCUCCCCCUGCACCCAGUUGGGCCCCAACAGCGCGUGGAGCAGCCGGCGUUCAAGCUGGAACAGCCUGGGGCGUGCGCCCAGCCUCAAGCGCCGGAGCCAAUGUGGGGAGCGGGAGUCGCUGCUGUCCGGCGAGGGCAAGGGCAGCACAGAUGACGAGGCCGAGGACAGCAGGCCCGGGGCGGGGACCUCACUGGGGACGUGUGCCACCCCACUGCGGCGCACCGAGUCCCUGGACCGCCGCAGCACACUGGACCUGCGGCCCCCACGGCCGGCCGCCCUACUGCCCAGCAAGUUCCAUGACUGCAACGGGCAGGUGCUGGCCCUGCCCAGCGAGUUCUUCCUGCGCAUCGACAGCCACAAGGAGGACCCGGCCGAGUUUGACGACGACAUGGAAGAUAGCUGCUGCUCGCGGCUGCGCAAGGUGCUGGAGCCCUAUGAGCCCGAGUGGUGUCGCCGCCGGGAUCCCUGGGCCCUGUACCUCUUCUCCCCUCAGAACAGGUUCCGCCUCUCCUGCCAGAAGAUCAUCGCUCACAAGCUGUUCGAUCACGUGGUCCUGGUCUUCAUCUUCCUCAACUGCAUCACCAUCGCCCUGGAGAGGCCCGACAUCGACCCCGGCAGCACCGAGCGCGCCUUUCUCAGCGUUUCCAACUACAUCUUCACCGCGAUCUUCGUGGCUGAGAUGAUGGUGAAGGUACCAGCGUGUCCAGAGAGCCCCGGGGUGGUGGCCCUGGGCCUGGUCUCGGGUGAGCACGCCUACCUGCAGAGCAGCUGGAACGUGCUGGACGGGCUGCUGGUCCUGGUGUCCCUGGUCGACAUCGUCGUGGCCAUGGCCUCGGCCGGCGGCGCCAAGAUUCUUGGAAUCCUGCGCGUGCUGCGCCUGCUGCGGACGCUCCGGCCUCUGAGGGUCAUCAGUCGCGCUCCGGGCCUCAAGCUGGUGGUGGAGACUCUGAUAUCGUCGCUCAGGCCCAUCGGCAACAUCGUCCUCAUCUGCUGCGCCUUCUUCAUCAUCUUCGGUAUUCUGGGCGUGCAGGUGCGCAGCCCGGCAUGUCCGUGGGUGUCCCGGCCGUGGGAGGUGGUCUCUGGUCGGCAACGGCACGGCAGCCCCCGGAGGGCGGAGGGCGGAGCGGGUGGGGAGAUCCCCGUCUCUGCCGUGCUGCCCCUGGAGGCCUCGCGUGUGGGUCUGGGGAGCCGGGGCUCAGGGCCGGGCCUCUGGGUGACCGGGCGCCCCGCCCAGCUCUUCAAGGGGAAGUUCUACUACUGCGAGGGCGCCGACACCAGGAACAUCUCCACCAAGGCCGAGUGCCGGGCCGCGCACUACCGCUGGGUGCGGCGCAAGUACAACUUCGACAAUCUCGGCCAGGCGCUGAUGUCCCUGUUCGUGCUCUCGUCCAAGGACGGCUGGGUGAACAUCAUGUACGACGGGCUGGACGCCGUGGGCAUAGACCAGCAGCCCGUGCCCAACCACAACCCCUGGAUGCUGCUCUACUUCAUCUCCUUCCUGCUCAUCGUCAGCUUCUUCGUGCUCAACAUGUUCGUGGGCGUCGUGGUGGAGAACUUCCACAAGUGCCGGCAGCACCAGGAGGCGGAGGAGGCGCGGCGGCGCGAGGAGAAGCGGCGGCGGCGCCUGGAGAGGAAGCGCAGGAGCACUUUCCCCAACCCAGAAGCCCAGCGCCGGCCCUACUAUGCCGACUACUCGCCCGCCCGUCGUUCCAUCCACUCUCUGUGCACCAGCCACUACCUCGAUCUCUUCAUCACCUUCAUCAUUGGGGUCAACGUCAUCACCAUGUCCGUGGAGCACUACAACCAGCCCAAGUCGCUGGAUGAGGCCCUCAAGUAUUGCAACUACGUGUUCACCAUCGUCUUCGUGCUCGAGGCCGUGCUGAAGCUGGUGGCAUUUGGGUUCCGAAGGUUUUUCAAGGACAGGUGGAACCAGCUGGACCUUGCCAUCGUCCUACUGUCCAUCAUGGGAAUCACGCUGGAGGAGAUCGAGAUGAACGCAGCCCUGCCCAUCAACCCCACCAUUAUUCGUAUCAUGCGCGUGCUGCGCAUCGCCCGCGUGCUGAAGCUGCUCAAGAUGGCCACAGGCAUGCGGGCCCUGCUGGACACGGUGGUUCAAGCCCUGCCCCAGGUAGGCAACCUCGGCCUCCUUUUCAUGCUCCUGUUUUUUAUCUAUGCUGCCCUGGGAGUGGAGCUGUUCGGGAGGCUCGAGUGCAGCGAGGACAACCCCUGUGAGGGCCUGAGCCGGCAUGCCACCUUCUCCAACUUCGGAAUGGCCUUCCUCACGCUCUUCCGUGUGUCCACGGGGGACAACUGGAAUGGGAUCAUGAAGGACACGCUGCGGGAGUGCGCCCGCGAGGACAAGCACUGCCUCAGCUACCUGCCAGCCGUCUCGCCUGUCUACUUCGUCACCUUCGUGCUGGUGGCCCAGUUCGUGCUGGUCAACGUGGUGGUCGCCGUGCUCAUGAAGCACCUGGAGGAGAGCAACAAGGAGGCCCGCGAGGAUGCCGAGCUGGAUGCCGAGCUCGAGCUGGAGAUGGCGCAGGGGUCCCCCACCCACCCCCAGCCCGUGGCCCAGCCGAGCCCGGGGGCCGGGCCAGAUGCCCCCAGCCUCCUGGUCGUGCGUAAGGUGUCCGUGUCCAGGAUGCUCUCGCUGCCCAAUGACAGCUACAUGUUCCGGCCUGUGGCACCCGCCUCGGCCCCUCACCCCCACCGGCUGCAGGAGGUGGAGAUGGAAACCUACGCGGGCAGCGCCCCCUCGGGCCUGGUGGCUUCUGCUCACUCGCCGCCUGCAGAGUCCUGCACUGCCCUGCAGGUCCCUUCGGCUGAGUCCUCCCCAGCCCGGAGUAGCGACCGUCUCCAUGCCCUGCCCCCUCGUGGCAUAGCCCGCUCCCCCAGCCUCAGCCGGCUGCUCUGCAGACAGGAGGCCGUCCCCACCGACUCCCUGGAAGGGCAGGUCGACAGCCCCAGGGACAGCGGCCCUGGCUGGGGAGAGCCUGGUGGGAAGACCCCUGUGAGGCAGGCGUCCCUAGGGGCCUCCCUGCGGACACCACCCCGUUCCCCGCGGCCCCCUGGCAUCCGCAUCCGCAGGCACACUCUGGGACAGCGCUGCGUCUCCAGCCAGCCACCGGCCCCCAGUGGGGAGGAGGCCGAGGCCCCAGACCCAGCCGACGAAGAGGUCAGCCACAUCACCAGCUCGGCCCGCAGCCCGUCCGCCUCGCCCUCUCCCUCGCCCACGCCCACUGCUCGUGGAGUGGCGGGCAGUGAGCCGGACCCGCACAGGCUUUACGGUGUCGACACCCAGGGCUUCCUGGACCAGCCAGGCGGCCGGGCGGACGAGCAGAGGCGGCCCCCAGUGGAGCAGGGCAGUGGGGACGGCCGCCCGGAGGCCGGGGAGGGGAAGACCCGAGCCCUGGAGGCUGAGCUGGCCCUGGGGGCACGCAGGAAGAAGAAGAUGAGCCCCCCCUGCAUCUCCGUAGACCCCCCUGCAGAGGAUGAGGGCACAGCCCGGCCCCCCGCAGCGGAGGGCAGCAGCACCACCCUGCGGCGGAGGACGCCGUCCUGUGAGGCUGCGCCCCACAGGGACUCCCUGGAGCCCACAGAGGGCCCAGGGGUGGACCCUGCUGCCAAGGGGGAGCGGUGGGGCCAGGCCUCCUGCCGCACGGAGCUUCUGACUGUCCCCAGCUUUGUCUUCGACGCCCCUCUGGGCGUCGGGGGCACCGGCGGGGACCUGUUCUUGGAUGGUGGUCACGAUGUGUCUCCAGAGCCCAGAGGUUCCUCCUCGGGGGCCACAGCACUUCCCGAACCCCACAGAACAGAGCCUCCUAUGUCCUCCGGUGACCCCCCAGAGAAGGGGCAGGGGCUACACCUCCAAGUGCCCCAAAGCCCCCCAAAGAAAGAGGGGUCCCCCCCAGGCACCCCCAUCCCUGGUGACAGCGUGGACGAGCCCGUGUAGCUCGGGGCAUAAUGCCACACAUGCUUUGGCACCGGGAUUGGGCACGCCUGGCAGGUGGCAGCCCCCGGUGGGGCUGUGCACGGAGCCGGCUCGGCCGCGUGGCAGAGGCAGAGGAGCCGGCGGACGACAGCCCGGGGGGAGGGAGGCGAGGGCCCGGGCCAGGUGGAGCUCAGAGGAGGCCCCUUGGCCGAGAGCCUCCGUCCUGUCGGUUCAGGUUUGAGUUUUUCCAAGUUUGGCUGCACUGGCCUGAGGCCGUACCUGUGGCCUGGUCACGGUACCGUGACGAGAGCGUUGCAUCUGUGGGAUGAGGGCCAGAAAAUGACCAAAAGAAGGAAGGCAGAGGAGCCAGCAGAGCCCGUCCUCACGACCACUUAGUUUCAUAGGGAACACGCGCUUAGGGCCACUUGUGCCGUCGUCACCGGCGGCCGGGUCCCCGAGGCCACCGCGGCCACGCUUCACCGCCACUCACACUCCGAGUUCUCAUCCAUGUGUCUCCACCCUCACGCUGUCUCUCCGUCCCCCUCCCACGCCCACCCCCACUGCUCUGUCCACUCAGUGUUCCAGAAAACACCCGCUGACUUGGGUGUCUGGGAAGCGGCUGGUCGCCAAGGUGUGGGAGCCGCGCAAUAAGACCCCCCUGCCCGCCUCCGACGGGCGGCCGCAGGGCCGGGCUGAGAGGUCUCAGCUGACUGACGCCCCUCGUUUUGUUUCGUUUCUUUUAUAAAUUCAGGUUAAACUUUGCAAUAAUCUGGUUCAGAAAAUUUGGCUCUUCAAGUCAAGGGGAGGGGGAGGGGGAAA